AUGGCCAACGGCAGCACUCCCUAUGAACGCACUUUAUAUGGUUAUUUUAUCGGUAAAAGGCUUGCGUUUCCGCUUGUUAAAGAUCGGCUCCAAGACUUAUGGAAGGAACAUGGAAUUACCGACAUCUUUAUUAAUAACGAAGACAUGUUCUUUUUUAAAGUUGACAACGAUAAUGGUAUGAAUUAUGUCCUCCAAAAAGGUUUUUGGAAGAUUAAUGGUACCCCGCUCUUUUUAAGAAAAUGGGACCCAAAUGUUUUCAUUGAAAAACCAACGCAUGAUUGGGUUCCCGUUUGGGUUAAUAUUUUUGGCAUUCCUCUCCAACUUUUUAACAAGGAUGGUCUUAGUCUCAUUGCUAGCAAACUUGGAAAACCUUUGGAGGUCGAUUCUUAUACUACUUCCAUGUGUGAGCAGGGUACGGGUAGAGCAAUUUAUGCCCGUACUCUCAUUGAGAUGUCGGCUAAAGACCCUUGGGAAAAAGAUAUAAAUAUCAAAGCGAUCACGGCUAAAGGUGCUACAUCUACUACACUUAGGGUGGAGUACUCUUGGAACCCUAAGAGUUGCAAUCAUUGCAAAAUAUUUGGUCAUGACCUUGCCAGUUGCCCCACUCUCACGACUAGCACCCCUGUCCAAAAGUCGGCUACGCCCACUCCGAUAGAAGUUGACAAAGAAGGUUAUCAAAUGGUUAAAAGGAGAAAUAGACCAAUUCCUAUCCCUAAAAAGAAGGUUCAAGUUGACAACCAUAAAUGUAAAGGGCCCGCUCUAAAGAUCGCUCAAGUCUACAAGCCAAUCUCUCGUGAUCCGAAGAAAAAGAAUGUGUCGUCCAACAUGUUUGAUGCUCUCUCGCACCAAAGAAUUGGCGACACUGAAGACGAUUCUAGCAUUCCUCCUGUCAUCCAUCCCAGAGAUACCCUCCCAACUUCCGAUUCACAUCCGAGCUCCUCUCAUGGAGGCCAUAUCUCUAUUCCAGUUGAUCAGGGUUGA